GUCUUGUUCUUCUCUGAGACCAAAGGAUUCCUUCAUAGGAGAUUCUGCUCCCCAACUUCCCCCUCAGUGCACCAGCUCUGCUGCAGGCAGUGCUUCAAUCCAGAGCUCUUGGUUAGAAAGCCGUUCAGAGAAUGGGCAUCUCCCCAAAGAGAGCAUGUGAGGUUGGGAGAGGCUGGCUUUUCUUCUUGGGACCUUGGAGCUUCUCUAUUCAGCUUACACAGUAAAAGUUACCAGCUGUGGCCCGAGGAAGAGAGGAGACGGCAGCCCCUGAAUAGAUCAGAAAAAACAGAACGACCAGACAGCCAUGAAGGACAGUGGAAAAGAUGAAGCCGAUUGUAAAGAAGUUAAGGUGGUAAAAAAGAAAUUGGAUUGGUCAUAUUCUCUCAUUGUGGCAUCUCUUGUCGGGGCCUUUGGCUCUUCCUUUCUCUAUGGUUAUAAUCUUUCUGUGGUCAAUGCUCCUUCUCGGUAUAUCAAGACUUUCUACAAUGAUACCUGGGGGAAAAGACAAGGUCACCCAAUAAAUGAUAAUACUCUAAUGCUGCUGUGGUCUGUGACUGUGUCAAUUUUUGCAAUUGGUGGACUAGUGGGGACAAUGAUGGUGACUCCGAUUGGAAAGGUUCUUGGAAGGAAAUAUACAUUAUUAGUCAACAAUGCAUUUGCUAUUUUAGCUGCAUUACUCAUGGCUUGCUCACACCAAGCAGGAUCCUUUGAAAUGCUAAUCCUGGGUCGGUUCAUCAUGGGCAUUGAUGGAGGCAUUGCUCUCAGUGCCCUCCCCAUGUACUUGAAUGAAAUCUCACCCAAAGAGAUCCGUGGGUCUUUGGGACAGGUCACUGCCAUCUUCAUUUGCAUUGGAGUAUUUACUGGUCAGCUCUUGGGCCUGCCUGAAAUGCUGGGACAGGAGUCGCGAUGGCCUUACUUGUUUGGUGUGAUUGUCGUGCCUGCAUUCAUCCAACUUGUGGGCCUCCCUUUUCUGCCAGAGAGUCCACGGUAUCUGCUCUUCGAAAAGCGUGAUCAGGAUGGAGCAAAAAAAGCCUUCCAAACUUUCCUUGGGAAAAUGGAUGUUUCUCAAGAAAUUGAAGAGGCCCUUGUAGAGAGUCGGGUUCAGAGAAAUAUUCGCUUAGUCUCAGUCUGGGAACUUCUGACAAGGCGUUCUGCUCGCUGGCAGAUAAUUACAGUGAUUAUCACCAUGGCCUGCUACCAACUCUGUGGGCUUAAUGCGAUUUGGUUCUACACAAACAGCAUCUUUUCUACUGCUGGGAUCCCUACAGAGAAGAUUCCAUAUAUAACCCUGAGUACUGGGGGCACUGAGAUUUUGGCUGCCAUCUUUUCAGGCCUGGUCAUUGAACGUCUGGGGCGCAGACCUCUCCUCGUUGGUGGCUUUGGUCUCAUGGCGCUCUUCUUUGGAAUCCUCACUGUGACUUUGACACUGCAGGACAAGGCUCCAUGGAUCCCCUACCUGAGCAUUAUCUGUAUCCUGAGUAUAAUUGCCUCAUUCUGCAGUGGUCCAGGUGGAAUCCCAUUCAUCUUGACUGGAGAGUUUUUCCAGCAAACUCAGCGGCCGGCUGCCUUUAUGAUCGCAGGGACAGUCAACUGGCUCUCCAAUUUUGCAGUGGGGCUCCUUUUCCCAUACAUUGUGGAAGGUUUGAAAACAUACUGCUUCCUUGUCUUUGCUGCAAUCUGCAUAGCAGGAGCGACCUUCUUGUAUUUUGUCCUGCCUGAGACCAAAAACAAGACUUAUGCAGAAAUCAGCCAGGAGUUCGCUAAAAGGAACAAGGAAAACCUCCCAGAGGAGAAAAUAGAGCAAGUUGGAGACAAUGGACAAGCCAAUGGGAAGUCUGAGCUAGAAUUUUCUUCCACACUCAACAAUUGCAUCCAAAAUAAGAUAAUUUAACUUGAACAGUUUCUCCAUGGGUGGGAGUGGGGCUAGAAGGGAAAUACCUUCCAAAGUUCAAAAAGUCCUCCCCAAAUGCUCAAAGUAAUGAAGCUUCUCUGCUCUUGGAGAUUUUAAAAUUUUCAUCUGUAGAGAAAGAAUGACCAUAAACUCUUCUACUUGAUGGUGACUGCUAAUCCUUGAAUUUGUGAAGGCUAGAAAGUGAAGCAAGUCCUCCAUCUCUCUCCACUCUUAUCCUCUCCCCCCCCCACCACAGUCCAUUCCUUUGAUGUAGUUUUUCUCACCCCCAUGUUGCCACAAACAGAGGUUCCUUGAAUUAUUCUGGGGAAACUGCUUGGUUUCAAAGCAAAAUUGAGGAAAUGAAUAAAAUGAACACUAAAUAAGAAUAAGAAUCAAAGAAUAAGAAUAAGAACAAGAAGUCAACUUCUGGGCACUCAGUUCCUAAAGAAAGUCCCCUUCACGUGAAAUGAGGAUAAAAUUUGGGUCAACAGAGAAUAUUCUCUCGCUAGCUGAUAGCAGCUUCAGAAAAUAUGCUCCGUGAUCAGUUUGUUCCUGGGGAUAAGCUGGAAUGGGCGAUGCUCCCUCCAGUCACCUCGGAGAGCUGUGUUUUUAUUCCCGGGCUUGUCCAAACAGAGACGCCCGUGCCAAGUGGCAAAUUGGACCUUAAAGAAAGCAAAGAGCGUGUUACAUCUUGGAACAAAAGUUAAAUUAAGUGUGGAUAGAAGAACGAUGAUCCCAUGUUCCAUUAGCUGAUUCACAGUAAUCCCCUAUAGAGGUCCCACAGCAGACAAUCAAAGGAGGCAGCUUUCCCAUGGGCUGUGGUUAGAUCAGACCCACUGAACCCAGCUUUGUCACCUAGCCUAGCUCACCCUGCACUUUCAUUCCAACCUUUCCCAAAUAGAGGCAGGAAAAUGAUUUUGUUGGGGGUAAAAAUAUUACUAAAAUUUCAAUUGUACUAUUGCAGAUAUUUGUAAGAUGUUUCUGUGAAUAUAUAUGUGUGUAUAAACAUAUGCAUGUGCAUAUAUGCAAGAAUGUUUUAGAAUAAAAAAUGAGAAGUGUUUAUGUGAA